UUAUUUACGGCAGCCGUAAGAUGUUUCUGUUGCUUUGAACGCCGAUCAAGAACAGCAAAGUGACGAUAACAGAAAAACAGAAAUCCACUAAAGAGUGACAAUACGGCCAGAACAGCAGCGUUUAUACCUUAAUUACUCGCCGCACGUUGAUAAGCCGUGUUCCCUGCUGCUCUUUUGAAAUCGGAGGUUGAUAUUUUAGGGGUAUUUUACAUGAGUCGUUAGCUUCUCCCUGCAAUGGCCUCCGACAGCAACAUGGACAGAGAAAUGAUCCUGGCCGACUUUCAGGCAUGUACCGGUAUCGACAAUAUUGCAGAGGCGAUCACACUUCUAGAACUGAACAAUUGGGACUUGGUGGCAGCCAUCAAUGGAGUGAUACCACAAGAAAAUGGGAUCAUACAAAGUAAUUUCAUCAGUGAAGCAUCUCAAACUGGCCCCUACGGGCCACACAGUGAAUCAGAAGCCACAGCACCGACGCCUUCAGCCCCACUUUCCUCAGCAUCAGCAUCAUCAUCUUCCUCACCCCCAUCCUCCUCCAGCCCUGCCUUAUGCCCCGUCCUGCCCUCUCGGCACAUCGUGGAACGGCAGCCGCGGAUGCUCAACUUCCACGUUGAGUACAGGCAGCGCUCCGUUGAAGUGGUGCUGGAGGAAGGCAGCACUGUCGGUGAAAUUAAACAGGUUUUAGAGACUGAGCUACAGGUGCCUGUGUCUAAAAUGCAGUUAAAAGGCUGGAAGAGUGGAGAUGUGUCUGACAGUACGGUUCUUAGGAGUUUACACCUGCCCAAGAACAACAGCCUGUUUGUGCUCACACCUGAUAUUGUGCCUUCAGGCAGCCCCAGCCAGAGCAGCAGCAGCCAGCAAGGGUCGUCAAAUCAGAACUACCUGCUUGUCAUUAGCCACCGCGAAGCACAGAAAGAUUACAGCCUCAACUUCCCUGCCAGCAAAACCAUCCAGGAGGUGAAGAGGAACGUUUCAGACCUGACAAAUAUCCCUGUACGUCAUCAACAGUGGGAUGGCUGGCCUGCCUCCGCUUCUGAUGACUUGAUGACUCUGGCCGUCAGUGGAAUCAGUUACCCCUGCCAUCAUCUGAGUGUGUGUAGAAGAUCUUCCCCAGCUCUCACACUGGACCAAACAGACGAGUGUACAGAUGUCCACAUGGUCAGUGACAGUGAAGGGGAUGAUUUCGAGGAUGCACCUGAAUUUGGUGUAGAUGAAUCUGAGAUCUUUGGCAUGGGAAGCACGACCUGUCGAAAGUCUCCAAUGAUGCCAGAAAACAGUGAAAAUGAGGGUGAUGCCUUAAUGCACUUUACUGCUGAAUUUUCUAGAAGAUAUGGUGAGUGCCAUCCUGUGUUCUACAUUGGUUCCUUGGAAGCGGCGGCUCAAGAGGCCUUUUACGGCAAAGCCAGAGACAGAAAACUGCUGGCCAUCUACCUCCAUAAUGAUGAGAGUGUCCUCAGUAAUGUGUUCUGCUCCCAGAUGAUGUGUGCAGACUCCAUAGUGUCAUAUCUCAGCCAAAACUUCAUCACAUGGGCCUGGGACGUUACCAAAGAAGCUAAUAAAGCCAGACUACUCACAAUGUGCACAAGGCACUUUGGCAGCGUUGUAGCACAGACCAUUCGGACAUACAAGACUGACCAGUUCCCAUUACUCUUAAUUGUCAUGGGCAAACGGACAUCAAAUGAAGUUUUAAAUGUCAUUGAAGGCAACACAACAGUGGAUGAGCUCAUGAUGAGACUCAUGGGGGCCAUGGAGAUCUUCACCGCACAGCAGCAAGAAGACAUCAAAGAUGAGGAUGAGCGUGAAGCCAGAGAAAUGGUCAAGAGGGAACAGGAUGAAGCUUAUCGUUUGUCUCUGGAGGCUGAUCGUAAAAAGAGAGAAGCGCAGGAGCGAGAGGAGGCGGAACAAGUGCGUCAGGAGCGAAUCAGGAAAGAGCAGGAGGAGGAACGAGAGGCUAUCCGUCUCUCAUUGGCGCAGACCCUGCCACCAGAGCCCAAGGAGGAGGAUGAAGAGCCAAUCAGCAAGCUGCGUAUCCGGACACCUAGUGGUGAGUUUUUGGAAAGGCGGUUCCUGGGCAGCUGUAAACUCCAGGUCCUGUUCGAUUUUGUCGCCUCUAAGGGCUACCCAUCUGACGAGUUCAAGCUACUCACCACCUUUCCACGCAGAAAUAUAACGCAGUUAGACCCAGCAUGGAAUCUGGUGGAGGCCAAACUCUUUCCUCAGGAGACCCUUUUCCUGGAGGCCAAAGAGUAGAACCCAUCCGAGACAAGCGAGAAGAAGAAUACGCAAAGAACUUUUAGCAUGAUAUCCACAGCGACCAGACACACCCACACACUAUCACACACGAUGCGUUGUAUAUGAAUGCUAAGUGUACAUUUUAUGCACACUGAGGCCUUCACUAGCACACCGGAUAAACACUCACUCACAUAACUGCAGUGUAAUGUUUUUUCUCUACCCAAACGUAAAAUAACCGAAAAGAAAAAAAAAAUCAUGCAAAUGUGUGGAAGUCUAAAAUAGCCAGCCUCACACACAAGGACUUCUCACUAUGGCUGCUUUUUUAAGACAUGUUUUGUGUUUAAAUGAAAUGGAAAAAAUAUGAAUUAAAUAAACAACAAAUAAUAAAGUCAAACAAAGUGACAUUUCCUGGGAACGCUGGACCAUUUCCUAUCCCCUACACUCACCAAGGCUCUCGGAGUCCCUGAUUUUCAGCGUCGCCCUGGACAGCCCUUCACCACUCAGAGCCUGGCUUCUCCCUGACACCCAAAUUGAUGAAAUUUGGUUUUAAUCUCAACUGCUUAUGUUUAUUUUUCUCCUUUUUUUUCCUUUUUAAGUUUGAUGCUGUAUUAGAUUUAGGUUGAUGUACAUUAUAUAAAGAAUAUAUGAACAUGCAUA